AUGUCUCUCACCGGUAUCAUGGUAGCCCUAAUCACCCCCUUCACCGACGACGGGACCCAAAUCGACGGGCCGCGUCUCAAGGCCCACAUCGAUCACCUUCUUGCCGCCGGCGUCCACGGCCUCGUCCCCGCCGGCAGCACCGGUGAAUUCACCACCCUCUCCUUCGCAGAGCGCAAGCAACUCACCGAGCUCUGCGUGAAGUACGCCGCAGGCCGUGUCCCCAUCGUCACAGGUGUCGGAAGCACUUCUACCUCUGAGGCCGUUGAACUGGCGAAACAUGCCGCGGAUGUCGGCGCUGCUGCGACGAUGGUUGUCCCGCCGUUCUACGACCCCGUGAACUUGGCGCAGUUGAUGGAGAUGUUGAGUGAGGUCCAUGAAGCUAGUCGCGGACUGCCGAUUGUGUACUACAACAUUCCCUCUGCAUCUGGCUUGACCCUCUCGCCCAAGGAAAUUGCCAGUCUGUCGCGCGUGGGAGUCAAGUACCUUAAGGACACCUCCGGCAACGCCCCCGCCUUCACAGAACUCGUAUUCGGUCUGUCGGACCAGAUCACCGCUUUCAACGGCUGGGAUACACUCACCUUCUAUGGUCUCGCAGCUGGAACCUCUGGUGCGAUCUGGGGUGCUGCAAACCUCAUCCCUGAGCUUGCGGUGGAGUUGUGGGAUGCUGUUUCUGUCAAGAGCGAUUUGAAGAAGGGGAGAGAGCUUUGGGCUAAGGCAUGGCCUGUUUGUAAGUUCUUGGAGGAGCACAAUUAUGCUGCUGCUGUGAAGACGGGGGUUGAGCUGGCGGGCCAGAGCACGGGUGGUUUAAGGAAGCCGUUUGCUUUGUUGGAGGACGAUGUUAAGGGGGAGUUGAGGGGGUUGCUGAUCAAUGCGGGUGUUAAGACUGUUUGA